CAGCCACUCACGAUCCGGUUGACCUGAGACCCGAUCGUCCUUGGAUGGAGCCCGGCGAUAAGCAUGACGAGAUGCGUAGGACGGAGUACCACUAUAGUUAAUACAGUUAGAUGAACCUGGGUCCCUGGUACUGUACUUGCUCGGGACUUCCCCUUCGGACGUGCAGUAGGUCAUUGGCUAAGCCUCGCUGGUUCCUCUCGCCAUCCACUUCAUUAUUCGUUCUCGACCGAUUUUCUUUUUUUCAUACUACCUUAUUCACCUUGUUCACUUUGCCUUUUCCUCCUCGACCUUCCCAGCCUGCAGCUCUUUGGGCUGGAUCACACUCGUUUGAAAACGUCGCGCCGCUGGGGGUAGUUACUAGAUUCCUAUAGUUUCCUCCUCCUAUCUGCUGCCCUCAAUUGCCUUUCGUUACCCUUGAACCUCCUCUCUUAUCUACUUGCCCUAUUUACUUGGUUCGAGUCUCGGUCCGCACACGGUCUCCUCACGCGACUACUGCCGAGUGUCUCUCAACAUGACCGGACACUACGGCGGGCAACCGUACGCGGCGCAGUAUGGCGAGCAGUAUGUCACCAACCCGUAUACUCACGAAGAACCCGAAGAAAUGGUCGAGUUGAGCAGCCCUCGAGCUUAUCGGAGCCCGCAAGGCGUGGAUCAGCACGAAAACAACUUCGACUUUCGCUUUCAAGAACAGCCCUCUCCGAGGCCGGCCGUGAUCCCGUACCGACCGGGCUUGGGACACAACCCGCCCGACUAUACUUCAUCGCCAGGUCUUUUCCCAACACCUCGCACCUCCUACGGCCCCGACUCGUUCGCGAACACGCCGUAUGACUCUCGCUCGGCUUCGCCUACUUUGUAUCAGCAUUCGCAACUCCAAAGCUCCGCAAGUCUCGGUCGUGCUCCUCUCGUGAGUACUCCGGCCUCGCCGGGUUUCUCAAAGGAUUGGGUUCAGUCGGGAUCCAUUGCUCGCAUCAGUGAUCGUGACGAUAUCGAUAUCUGGAAGGGCUGGAAGCGAAUCGUCUUCAAGUUCACCCCGCUGCUGACCUUUGCCAACACCGGACUCUACUUAUUCUACCUGGGUCUGCGAAUCUACUGCAUCAUUUCGGCUCAGAAUGCGGCCGGUGUCAGUUAUGCCGGUGCAUGGGUUUUCGUCGGCAUUGAGAUUGCCGUCAUGAUUCCUUCUCUCAUGCACAACUGUUGGACGAUGAUGGCCAUGAAAAAGCGCGGCCGACCUAAGUUGCGACUGACCGGUGAUGACUGCCCGACGGUAGAUGUAUUCAUCACCUGCUGCGGCGAAGAAGAUGAGGUCGUUCUCGAUACCGUCCGUGGUGCCAUUGAUCAAGACUACCCCUUCGACCGGUUCCGAGUGAUCGUGCUCGAUGACGGUCGAUCCGCAUCUCUGGAGGAUUCCGUCAACAACCUCGCCAUCACUCACCCGAAUCUCUACUACAUGGCUCGCGAGAAAAUUCCCGGCAAGCCCCACCACUUCAAGGCUGGUAACCUCAACUACGGUUUGGACCAGACACUCGCCUUGCCUGGUGGAGCUGGCCAGUUCAUGGCCGCUCUGGACGCAGACAUGAUCCCUGAGCAACAAUGGUUGCGCGCCGUGCUCCCGCACCUGUUAGUGGAUCCCAAGAUGGCCCUUGCAUGCCCACCCCAGCUUUUCUACAAUACCCCUGCGUCGGACCCUCUCGCACAAAGUCUGGACUUCUUCGUGCACGUCAUUGAGCCGAUCAAGGACGCGCUCGGCGUCGCCUGGUGUACCGGCUCUGGCUAUGUUGUUCGCCGCGAGGCUCUCGACCAAAUCGGCAAUUUCCCUCUGGGCUCAUUGGCCGAGGAUGUCGCGACUUCGACUCUGAUGCUUGGUAAAGGAUGGAAGACCGCGUACAUCCACGAGCCGCUGCAGUUUGGAACCGUCCCUGAAGACUAUGGUGGUCACUUGAAGCAGCGUACUCGCUGGGCUAUCGGUACCGUGGAUACGGCCUUCAAGUUGAAGUUCUGCUUGUGGGGCGAUGCCGUCCGUAAGAUGACGAUUGCUCAGCGGUUCUCUGGCUUCUUGUACGCGACACUGAGUUUGUAUACGCUUCUGCUCACCGCGUCGCUUUUCGCCAUUCCUAUUAUUCUGUUGUGGGGUAAGCAGCUAGUUGCGUACGCGAACCAAGACCAGCUUCACUGGUUGAUCUGGGCUUGUUUCGCGUCAACACUCGCUAAUCGUCUAUGUGAAUUUGCACUGUUCAUUCCUGCUGGCUAUCAUACCGGCCAGCGUGGCUCUCGCUAUCAGCUCUGGAUGUCCCCCUACAUCGCCCUGUGUAUCGUGCGCUCCUUCAUCUUACCCUCCUGGCUCGGCGGCCAGGCGCAGGCCUUCAAGCCAACCGGUUCCCUUGGCUCCGCUUUGAACGAACGCGACCCCAAGCAACGGAAGAACCUAUUCGUCCGCCUACGCGUCAUCUUGUUCAAUUUCAUGGCUCUCUUCCACUUUGCCUUUGUCUACGUGACCCUGGUGGCAGUCGUCAUUUCGACAUACCGCUGCUUCGCCGUGGAGAAAAGCUUCAAGGGAGUCGUCAUUUGCUUGAUUACCCACGCCUUCUGGCCUCCUAUGACUUUCUUGUUCCUUUGCACGUCGCUUUGGACGCCGGUCUCGUACGCGAUUGAUCCCCCAUCGAUGCCGGAGCGCGAGGAACUGUUGACACGGGACCCGAAAACGGGCGUUGCUCAUCCGACGAAGAAGAGCAAGAAGAUUGCAUUUGGUGGACAAGCUGCAUGGUUUGAAUUGGAAUAUACGGUUGCAACUCUUGCCACGAUCUUGAUUUUUGUUUACUCCUUUUUCUUCUAGAUGUUAUCAUAUACAUAAUGCAUUACGAGGCGAUAGGCUACUUGUUGUUACGAAGAGGGUUAAUUUUUCCGGAUAGAUUUUCAUGAAAUGGUGUUUCUACCGCUUUAAAAUUAGAGAACUCAAUAAUCCAGGCUCAAUUGAAC